GCGCAUUCAGAGAGCUCAGCACCCUGAAAGAGAGAGAGAGGGGCAACAUCUUUACCGAUAUAUUCUUCAAUCAUAGUUUUACUGGACAACAAGUCUUAAACUUCACAAACCUGUCAUCUCAAAUCGCUAUGGAUUGUCGAAACGAAGGAUGCACUCAGCCGCAAGAUGAGGACAUCAUGGACAUUCCACUGGAUGACCCAGCUGCAAACAAGGCUGCUGCUAAGAUUCAAGCUGGUUUUCGAGGUCACAUGACCAGGAAGAAAAUGAAGGAUGACAAGCCUAGAGACGAGAAACAACGAGAGCAGAAGUAGCUAAGAGGACCACCACCACCGCCCGAUAGCACAUCACUGCAAUAACCAGAGCUCUUUUGUUUAAAAAGAACCCUUCAGUGUAUGAUAUGAAAGCAUCGACAUCCAAACAACAUGCAGAGUUUGCCACCUGACUAGCAGAUUCUCUCACACUUUCCUCUUCUUCCUUUAGCAUUUGAGUGGCUGUUUCUUACUUGAAACAGGUUCACAGCAUGACAUUAUAAAUUCAAUUCAUUUUAAGAUAGAAGUUUGUUUGUGAUCUGUCAGCUUUCAAAUCUGAAGCGUUUUUCUUGUUGCUUCAAGCAAGGCAAGCCAAAUACUCUGUCUGGAGAUUUGUUGAUUUGUUUGAAGUUGUGCUUUACUUCUUUGGCUGUACUGAAUCUUACAAUAUACAAGUAUGCAUUUACUAAAAGUCAAUGUUUUUUCUAGCAUAAAUUUUGUUUAUGCCUGUUUAAUAAAUCAAAUUAAGUUCCUCAUAUAAGCUUUCUGUGUUCAUUGGACCUGUUACUAUUGGAUUUUUUGUGUUGAUGAUAAUAAAUAUGUUAAUUACUGCUCAGAUAUCUUUUUAAUUAGUCAAAAAAACGUGUUUUACAUGACAAAUAUAUGCAAGCUGUGAGAAACACUGAGCAUAUUGUUCGUAUUUCCAUACAGUGUGUGUCAGAUCCAUGUGAUUCAGUGAAGUAUUCCCACAGCUUAAUCAAUCUUUCAAACAGUGAGACUGUAUCCUUCAAAUAGCACAGAUGCUCAUUAAAAAUGGAUUUGCUCAAAUGCACUCCUUGCG